AUGUCAGACCCGAACCCGAACAAUUUGCCAGCCAAUUCCUUAAUUCAUCAUAGCCCCGAACGGCCAGGGGAAGAUCAUGUGUAUGUAGCUUCCAUGGAUCAUCAAGAUUUAUUUUUUAAACAUCAGUCCAAUUUAUUAAGUCCUCAUGGCUCCGAACGACCAGAAGAAGAUCAUGUGUUUGUAGCUUCCAUUGAUCGUCAAGAGUCAGUUGCUAGCAAUGUGUAUCAAAGUCCUAAUGGCACAAAGUACUGGACUCCCAACGUUCCCCAUGAUUUGAAACCGUAUAAAGGAGCCAGAUUUCGGACUAUAGAUGAAGCAAUUGUCAUGUAUGAGCAGUACGCAGAGAGGGCUAGAUUUUCAACCCGUUUGGGUACGUCAAAGAAGGAUAAAGCUAAAGGAAUUAUCAAACUCAGGUAUAUUUUGUGUUCUAGAGCUAAUAAGCCUAAACCCCAGUCAGCGGCUACUAAUUAUCCUACACGACGCCGCGGUAUUAAAACUACAGACUGUAAAGCAUGCGUAAAAUUUAUACGAGUAAAAAAAUCUACGGAUUACGUGGUUUACGACUUCGUUGAGCAACAUAACCAUGUCCUUACGUCAUCUCAUAACCUAGAUUUAUCACGCAAGAAGAGGAAGCUAGACUUUGUUACUAAACAGUUUAUUGUUGAUUGUCGCAACGCUAACAUUGGCCCGACGAGAGCGCAUAACAUAUAUGUUGUUUUAAAGGGAGGUCACCAAAAUGUUCAUGGAACGACCACAGAGUUUAAGAACUUUGGAAGAGAUAUCCGGGAAUUCAUUGGUGAUAGAGAUGCACAAAUGGUCGUUGACAAAUUCAAUGAACGUGUGGAAAACAAGCAAAAUUAUACAUUCAAAACACAUAUCGUGGAAAAGGAACUUCAACUGAUGUUUUGGUGUGAUGGAGUUUCAAAAACAAAUCAUCAUAAAAAGUGCACAAUUUUCGAGGCUGGAUUAAUCCACAAUGAAACCAUUGAAUCAUACACGUGGCUGUUACAAAAGUUUCUUAAAGCUCACCAUGGAAAACAACCACUUAUGAUUUUAACCGAUCAAUAUUGCGCCAUGAAACAAGCUAUGAACAGUGUCUUUGAUAAGUCCGUACGCAGACUAUGUAUGUGGCAUAUCACCAAUAAAAUACCAGCUAAGAUAAAGGGCAGUGAUGAAAAGAAUGCAGAGUUAAAGAAAAAGGUCCACAAACUAGUGUGGAAUGUUUACAUAGAACCGCAUAGGUUUAAAAAGAGAUGGAACUUACUGAUGACUGAGUAUGGUUUGGAAGGUCAUGAAUGGAUGAAUGAAAUGUACGCUAUUAGGGAACAGUGGAUUCCAUGCUAUUUUCGUGAUAUACCUAUGUGUUGCCUUAUGAAGACCACCUCUAGAUGCGAAAGUGCUAAUCAUAAUUCCAGCCCCCACAAUACGUUGGUGCAGUUUAUGCUUUGUUAUGAUACAAUUAGACCGGGGGAGAAAGCAAUUAAGAAGAGUAAAAAACCAAGGCGGAAAUGCAAUUUUUGCAACAAACGGGUUAGGGGUCAUGAUAAGCGGAAUUGUCCGCUUAAAAAGGGUGACCCGGUUAAGGACGAUUCGUCAACUGAUGAAGAAGACGACGUAUAUGAAGAAUCCGAAACCGAAGAGUAUGUCUCCGACAAUUUUGGUAGUGAAGAAUAG